CUUUUCCUCUUCUGUAACGGUGCGGAUCAGUUGGAUAACUGGCGAGCUGGCCGAACCAUUAUUUAUAAAAAAAACAUAGUGAAAGUGCUAGGCAAAUUAAAUCCUCCUCAGCCGUUUGUUUCGUUUUAAAUUUAUAUUUUUUAAUAUUUUCGUUAUUCCAUUUUUUUUUUUACGCGAGCUUUGUGCGCCAAAAUUUUUUUCUAAGAAUAUUUGUGUGUUUCUUCCCAACUUGUAAAAAAAAAAAGAGUUAUUGCGAGAAGUAAUCAUGGACCAGUUGAAGCAACUGGUGCGUCCUAUAACCUCUGGCAGCCGGCAGGCGCCAGAUCCCUACGAUCAGUACUUGGAGUGUCGGGGCCUCUACCGCAAACAUACGGCCCGGGAUGCCUCCAGUUUGUUCCGUGUCAUCGCCGAGCAGCUAUACGACACUCAGUCCUUGCACUAUGAGAUCAGGUUGGAGUGCGUUCGCUUCAUGACCCUAAAACGACGCAUUUUCGAGAAGCACAUUCCCGGUGACUAUGACAGCUACCUUUUUGACAUGUCCAAGCCCAAGACGUAUGGAACCAUGACGGAGUUGCGUGCCAUGUGCUGCCUCUACAAACGUAAUGCCAUUCUGUACGAGCCCUACAACAUGGGAACUGCUGUUAUUUUUAAUCGUAACUUCCAGCAUGACUUUCGUGUUUUCUACAACAAUGAGAACCACUUUGACUCCGUCUACGAAGUGGAUGAUAUCCAAGCUGCAGCCAUUUGUCAGUCGAUAACCUUCAAGCUGCUCUACCAAAUGCUGUUCAAGCUGCCCGACGUCAACUUUGCGGUUGAGAGCAUGUUGCAUCCGCACACCUUUGCAUGGGAUCCCUUCGAUGUCGUUUUCGACCAGCAGGGCUAUAUGAUUCGUAUCAAGUGCUCCGAUGGUCGCAUCUUUACGUUGGACCUGCCGGAGGUAACCAACUGCAUCCUGGAGGACUUUCAGCUGUGCAACUUCCACAGCAGUCGUGGAAUCCAGAGUCGUAACCGUAAUUUGAGACAGUUGCUGGACCAGUCACAGAACCCAGACAUGGCCGGGAAUGUUGGAGACGAGACUCGUGACCGCAUGCUCAUGUGCGCCAAUAAGAUGGUGUCCUGCGUGCGUCAAUUGCUUGACGAUGGUAUCACUCCUUUUCCUUAUAAAGUGGCCAAGUCCUUGGACCCAAACAUGUACCGAAACAUUGAGUUCGACUGCUGGAAUGACAUCCGCAAGGAAGCCAAGCGCCACAAUGCCUACUGCAAUGACUACAACUUCAAGGUGGGAGCCAAGUGCCGGGUUGAGUUGCAGCACGAAGUGGAAAUGGUGACGUGCCACAUCCAAAAGAUCUCCCGUGACAAUUCUUCUUGUCUUGUGUUUUUGGAGAAGAUUGGCAAGAUGACAUUGGUCCCCUAUGAUUCCCUGCACCCAGUGCCCCCCGAUGAGUUCCGCCCCUGGACCUUGCCCUAUCGCUAUCAGCAGCGGUCGCUAAACCGCCUUCCCCAGAUGGCCCAGAAGUUCGGAAACAAGUCCGGACACAACAACAACAAGCUGGCCAAGUGGAAGAAGAACAAGGUGGUGUUCGAAGAGGCCAACUGCUUCGAGUCCACUCAGUAUGCGCCCGAAAACCAUAAUAAUGCCGAUCAGCAACAGGACGGGCAGAAUAACAUCGAGCAAGCCCAAGAGCCGCUGGAGCAGCAAGAGGAUCAGGAGCAGGCCUCCCGGGCCAGGGAGCGGGAGGAGGGUGCCAAGCUGCAGCCUCAGCAGCAACAGAAGCAGGUCGUGAAGGGGUACAAAGCUACUCGCCAGAAGAACAACUCAGGAUCUCACCAUAACAAAGAUCCGAUGGUGGCUGUGGCUAUGCCGCCGCCAGGUCACUUCAUGGGCUUUACGCCCUCCAUGAUUGCACGUCCCGGGGCCCAGCCUUCCCCAGCCUGGCCAAACUCGCCCAUGGCAAUGCCCGAGGAAUUCCAGUAUCCGUUGCAGGGCCCACCGCUUCCUCCGCCCACCGAUGGAUGUGUCUACAUGCCGAUUGGUAGCUUUGCUCCGCAUCCCACUAUGCCGGGACAGCUUCUGCCGCUGCCCCCAAUACCCACCCCAACCAACAUGGCUCCUGCUGCCGUCGGCGUCGAACCAAGACGCUCCAUGCAGAUGAAUGGGGAGGAUCUUCCGUCGGAUGUCGGAACCCUGAGAUACUUCUACAAUAUGGGCGUUGAUAUGCAUUUGCGCAUGAAUCACCAACCUUCGCCGGAGGAAUUGGCCGUUGUGCCCUACAUCCAGCAACAGGGCACUCCGGAGAAGGUGGAAGAUCACCUGGCAGUGGAAGCCACUCCGCCAGCAACUCCGGAAGCCGGAAAUGGAGGCACCACUGAGCCCCUAGCUUUAGAGAAGUCCAACUCGAAGCGCAACGGCUCACCGCAGACUGGAAAAUAUCGCGGCAAGCGUCCGGAGCAGUUGCAUGAGCUGAAGGAUCCGAUGGGGCAUGCUGCCCUGCUGCCCACACCCACCCCAUCGCCGGGCACUAAUGGCAACCAGUUCAGCUUCAUAACUCCGCCGCCGCCACCACCACCACCACAACACUUGAUGACUCCGCCUAGGCUGCUCCAGCCGCCGCCCAUCUACUAUCACAAGGCGGGUUCGGGCGCUCCGCCCCAGAUUCCGGGAGUACCGGGCUCCCCAUCUCAGAUUCCGGUGUUGCCUGCCGGCCAGAAUCCCUAUGCCUGGGGCCUUCCGCCGCCACCGCCGCCUUCGAUGGUUCCUCACUUUGAGGUAAUCAACAAUUUCCCCAUCGAUGCCCAACAGCAGCAGCAGCAGCAGCAGGUGGCUCAAGUGUCAGCUCAGCAGGCUGGCCCACAGUUGCCAACACUCCCAGCUCAAUCUCAGCCAGCAGCCAACUACGGAGGAGCUGCCCCGCGUCAUCACUGAGAGGGAGGAGAAGGUAACGCAGGAGGGACAUGGACAUACCAGUCCCAAAAAUCUCAGAUACGAAAUCGAAACAAGCUACUUUUAAAACUCGAUCAUAUUUUUAAAUUGUAGUCCACUUUUAAGGCACACAUCUGGAAGCCCAGUAACCCCCCCUUACUUUCUAAAAACAUAAUGCUCGAUGAAUGCAUAUCUUAACUAAUGUGUCAACUAAUUUAAUUUUUUAAAUUUGUAAUCGGAGCUGCACUUUGCGAUUCUUUUUUUUUAAAUAACUCCUCACUCUUAACGCAAACCAUAACCACACCACAACAACACCUAUUUAUAUGAUCUAUUUAACCAACAAGUGUCCUUACCAAGUAAACAUAUAUAUUAUCUAACUCUACCCCAUGUAAAAGGUAUAUCUCAACAACACAACUAACUAAACAAAUAAAAAGUAACGUAUAUCACA